UGGUUCUGCAUCACGUGACCCGCGCGUCUUAGAGCCUUUUCCAUCAUCCAGGGUCCACUGUCCAGCACAAUUAGCAUGGAAAUAUCACCAGCUACUCUCGACCUUCCAGAAUGCUCGCCCAAUCUCAUGCCAUUCCACAUUUCUCACUCAGGGCUCGCACCGAUAUCCACGUACUUUCGCGUCAAGCCCUCGCCUUCUAGCACGCACCUUUCCCUCACACAAAACACGUCCAACAAAACAAAACUCUCCACAGAGGACAGCCAGAACACCCUCGUUGCUGAUGAGUCUCAAUGCUCCCUAACCACGAUCGCCGAAUCACAGUCUGUUUCAUUAGAGGAGGAUUCACAGGCAUGUCCUGGAGGAGUGGGCGCUAUGGUAGUCGACGCGGACUCUGGGACUCAGGCGAGCUCAUCAAGCGCUCCUGUGACGCAUCUAGCAGAGCGUAGUCUCGAGCACAACUUCGUAGCAGCGUUCAGAGGGAGGCAGAUACACGGUCGUACCGUGGACCUACCACAAGGAUACGGCGGUAUAGUCCUUAAUGCACCGAGCGGUCAUCCAAAGAGUCAAGGCGGUGACACUGGGACGGUUGAAAAAACGGCGAAAACAAGACGCGAGACACCCCAAUCCAGCCGAAAGAUGGAGACAGAUGAGGAUGACGGGGUGGACGCAGACAACGAUGCCUCACGUGCUGAAACUCGGAGACUAAAUCCGGUCUCAAGGUUUUCUUCCUUGACUGUUUGGUCCCCAGACAUACCGGUGGAUGAAGGCAAAGAUGAGUAUCUUAGAUCCUUGACGGAGUGGUCAAAAUUAGCGGCAGAGGUACGAUUUCACGUAUAAUCUGUUAGCGUGCAGACAUUGAAGCACCAUCGAAGAUUCAUGCGUAUGAGGCAUAAGGUGCUGGCCGGCUUUUCUUGGACGAAUAUGCAACUUCAGUGAUGGACUGGAAGACCGUUUGAACGAUAUGUUGCUACAUACGUCAACUGUUGGCCCUGGUUUAGCUAAUGUCA